AUGGCUCAGAAGAAGAGAGUUGCCGUGAUCGGCGGAGGCUUCAGCGGUAUUGCCGCGGCAAAGGCUUUCGCCGAGCGCGGCCACGAUGUCCACGGGCUCGAGCGCAGCCGCGACUUCGGAGGCGUGUGGGAGCCGUCGCGCUCCUAUCCCGACUGCCGGUCACAAUCGGCAAAGGAUCUCUACUGUUUCACCGACCACUCGUACCCCGAAAAGGUGCCGGAAUGGCCAGCGGCCCCAGACGUUCACGCCUACAUCCAUUCUUACGCGGACAAGCACGACGUCGCGCGGCUGUUCAGACUCGGCACGAAGGUUGAGGCGAUGGAGCGCAGGGCCGACGGCCAACCUGGGUGGACCCUGACGUUGAUUAAAGAAGGCGACGACAAGGAAAGUGCUUCGAAAGAAGACUUCGACUUCGUCAGCGUUGCGACCGGACAGUUUUCCGAGAAGAACGUCCCGACUCAUCCGGGCGAGGGCGACUUCACCGCUCAGGGCGGAGCGACCAUGCACUCCUCGGACUACACCGACCCGUCGAUUAUCCGGGGAAAGCGCGUCGUGGUCUUGGGCGGCUCGAAGUCGGCGUUGGACAUCGCUGUCAACGCCGCCAGCAACGGCGCGAAGUCGGUCACCAUCGUCUACCGCAAGAACGUCUGGCGGCUGCCGUACUUCAUCGGCGGCAUCAACUUCAAGCACCUGCUCUACAUGCGCGCGCAGGAGGAGCAGUUCGACGGCUGGUUGCCCUCGCCGGUCGGGCGCGCGCUCAGGCUGCUCUUGAAGCCCUUGAUCUGGUUCAACUUCCGCGGCUUGGAGGCUGUGCUGACCCUCCAGCUUGGUCUGAAGAAGCACAACAUGGUUCCCUCGGAGCCGAUCGAAGACACCGUCUCCUGCUCGAUCGGCGUCGUCACUCCUGGCUUCUUCGAAGCGUUGGAUGACGGAACGAUCAAAGCGGUUCAAGGAUCGAUCGAGCGCUACGAAGAAGGCGCAGCGGUCCUGUCAAACGGUGACACGGUCCCGUGCGAUGUUGCGGUGAUGGCGACUGGAUGGAAACAGGGCAUCCCGUUUCUGCCCGCGGAAGCACAGCACAAGCUGGUCGAUGAUGACGGCGUUCAUCGUCUCUACCGCUUCGCGGUGAACCCAGACCUGCCUGAUUUAGGGUUCGUUGGCUUCAACAGCAGUUUCUGCACCGUAUUGUCGGCGGAAUUGGUCGCAAACUGGCUGGUUCGUUUUGCGGAUGGACAGCUCGGAAAUCAGGCAACCACGGAUGAGAUGAACGCCAACAUCGACAAGAUGCAACAGUGGCGGCGGGAGGAGAGACCGGUGGCCAAAGAAUACGGCGGCUUGUGCGUGGCUCCGUUUCAUUUCCGCCACUUCGAUGAGUUGCUCAAAGACAUUGGUGCAACAAAGCAACACCGCGCGAACCCGCUGGUCGAACUGUUCGUUCGCCCCAACACAGCUGCCUACGGUGAAUUCCUUGCUUCAGCACCGCAGUACCGAGCGGUCUGAACAUCCAGCCAUCGGGCCGUACGUUCGUAAACCCUCGUACGGAAAAAGGGGUCUUUCAAGUGGGAUGUGGUGUUGUCAAAGUUGACGGAAAGCAAGGGCCGUGUUGCGUGACACCCGGUUUCACAUGAUCUACCACUGAGAGCCUUGGAAUCGUGUUGAAAAUUUGACAGCGGAAGGGAGAGUGAUGUGUCAGGGAGGGGAUAGCGGGUGUCUCUGGACCAAAAUGACACGACACACUCCUCCCCCUGUAAAGGGGGGUUCCAUCCUCAGAGCUCUACAAUAGUACGUGCCAAAAUGGGUACCAGGUAGCGUUGUUUCGAGACGAAUGUAGGUGAGUCACUACGUACGGCGGGUGGGGUGUUGUCUCCUGCACAAUAGAAGAACGACUCUGGGUUUCGUUGCGGCGUGAGCCGCUGCAGCGAGCGGUAUUUGCAAGUUCGCGCCGAGUCUUCGGGAUGGACUUGUCGGCCUUUAUAUUUAUGGCAACUUCAAUGAGCUCGAAUUCUGUUUUUUUCUCACUGUUGCAAGAGGAGUUUUUUUUCAAACCCACAGGCACGCUCCCUCCUUUUGUGAGUGCUUGUGUGCUGAGUGUCCUAGGCGAUCUUUGGGGAUAGUUCGCAUCGGGAGCGUUGAGUCGGUAGGGUAUUGAGCUCCUGUGAUACGGCAGAAGUCCAAAUGAGGGGCACCGUUCGUAGUGAGCAAGUUUCGCACAGUGAGCGCGGUUAGUUGUGUCAUACAUGUAUGUUUCAGGAUUGAGUCGGGACGAGCUCUCGACGUUCGGUAGAGCUUGGGUCGCUCGGCGCAGGUAUUUUGUGUGUGUGUGUGUGUGUGUGUGUGUGUGUGUCUGCUAUCUUUGUCGUUUUUGUUCGGCAGUCCUCUCCUUGAUCGGGUCUCACGAACCUCGCAAAAAUGCAGAGAAUACAU